GUGGAAUAUUUGUAAAUAUUGUAAAAUUGUAAAUAACGUUUGAAUUUUACGUUUUUUGAUCUACAUAGUGGUUUUUGAGAAUUGUGAAAGUGUUUUAUGGAUAGAAAUCAAUUCGAAAGAGCUUCUGGAUCCGUAGAAGGAUAGUUUGAGAUGGUGAUGGAAGCAGAUCCUAUUGCUGGGAAGCAUACAGAUGACAGAGGCCCGGGAGCGUCACUGAGACCGCGGGCGGGUGGUGACGUCAUCACCGCAGAGCGUUCCGUUUCUGUCAGCACGUUGGAUCUCACAAUGCCGUACACAGCUCCAUCCAAUCUAGUGCUGACACCGGCACCCGAAUGCCGCAAGUUAUCCCGUGGGAUAUCUCGGGCGACAGACAACGAAGGUCUCGUGUGGGCGCUGCGCAGCAACACCGAACCUGAGCCCAACACACUCAGCUCUGACCACAUACUUCUGCUGCCGGAUAUUUCAGUGUAUCCACCGGAUUUCAGAACGUUCAUCGAAAAGGACCUCCUGGAGACGGCCACACUGGUGACCCUCGAGUCGGCCGGCAUCCUGAACUGGUGGCGGCACGGCCGGGUGCCCGGCGCGCCGCGGCUCCUCCCGCUGGCCACGUCCGGCGACGGCAACUGCCUCCCUCACGCUGCCUCGCUGGCCGCGUACGGCUUCCACGACAGACUCCUCGCGCUGAGGACCAAAGUGCAGGCGCUGUUGUCUGGGGAGGGCGGUGAUGUGCUUACAAACGCGAUCAAGCGGCGGUGGCGGUGGGCGGAGAGCGCGUCGCUGCGGUCGGCGGGGCUGACGCCGUCGGAGGCGGAGUGGGAGCGCGAGUGGCGCGACGCGGUGGCGGCCGCGUCGGCCGAGCCGCGCCCGCGGCCCGCGCCCGCCGCCGCGCCGCACUACGCCGGCCUCGACCAGCUGCACGUGUUCGCGCUCGCGCACGUCAUGCGCCGCGUCGUCGUCGUCUUCGCGGACGUCGCGCUCCGGGACUUCCGCGGUGACCCCAUAGCCCCGAUACCUUUCGGAGGCGUGUACUUACCUCUGGAACUGGAGCCAGAAUUGUGCAGUAAAGCACCAAUACUGUUGGCAUACGACGCGGGCCAUUUCUCCGCCCUGGUACCGUGCGAGCCACUGCCCACAGAUGGCGCGAGGGUGCCGCUAGAGGAUCAAGCGGGGAACCCUAUGCCGAUAAGGUUCAGUGUGGACCCCGGCGAGGACUUCCGCUGGGACGUGGAGCCCGACCAGAAAACAAUAAACAACCUUCUCCCUGACGAGUACCAGCGAUCCGCAAUGUUGGCAGCUUAUCUUGAUCUCGAGAGAGUCGAAUGUCUCACGCAAAACCAGCCACCGGAAGAACUGAGAAGAUCCCUCGACGCCUUGUCAACGAAGAGCUCGAAGCAACUGAACUCGGUAGCGAAACAAUUCGGCAGCAUCGGUCGCUCUAUGAGCAGUAAAAUAAAGAAGAAUUUCGGCUCUAUGGCCAAGUUGACGGGGAAGAGCAGCGGCAGUCAGAGCAACCCUGAAGAGGGCCUGAUGAGGCGGCAAUCCACGUGCGAGGUGCUCUGCUGCAGAGUACUAGCGGCGAGGGCGCCCGUGCAAGAGGAGAUGGUCAAGAAUUACCUUAAUGAGGCUUGGAUUGGGUACACAGCAGAAAAGAACCGUAAAGAAGUGGAACCCGGCGCGCCGCGGUACGGCACUGGCCGCUCGCAGUUCUACGCGGAGCCUGACCGUACCGGUGCCAAAGGGACCACCGGCGCCGGUGAAGUCAAGCGUGACCGGACUCUUUACCUGAGCAAAUCCACCUUCUACGACGACCGUCCGCCGUCACCCAAACCGUGCCGCGCGCCACUCUGCAUGUACUACGGUAGCCCUGCCAACGGGGACUAUUGUUCGCGCUGCGCCCGCUUGCAGUGACGCCCCGCCUGAUUUCCGCGCCUAUAAGUCAUUACUGCUGUCUGUAACAAUGCCCCGUCUCCACGGGAUUACUGAAUCGCUUGCAGUAAUGCCCUGCUUUCAAGAAGUUUAACUCCUAAUGGGUUGAACUCCUUGAAAGUGGUGAAUGGAUUGUAAAUAAUCAGGAUUUGAAUCUCCAUUGUUAGCAAUAUAUUCACCAUCAUUAGGUGGACCUCAGCGCUGUCCCUCCUGAAAACUAUCAUAAUAAAUUCUUGAUGAAUUUGUGGUGAUAAACUGACUGACGGGCCUUAUCCUCACCUGUCAUCCCUCGCUGGUACCCCACCAGCGUACAUCAAUAGCACAGACAGGAUUACCAUUCCAUUUAUCGUCUAUAUGCAAACCCUGAUUGAUGAAAGGUAAUAGAUGCGGAUAAAGGCAAGUCAGUCAAGAACAUUUCAUCAAGAAUUAACCACUGCAGUUUCCAGAGAGGAUCGCAUAGAGGUCAACGUGACAUAUAUUCCUAAAAAUGGCAUUACUAGUCCUUAUUACUAACAAUCCUUCUCCCCUAAAAACCUAUGGAAUAACUGCAGCCACCUGCUGUAAUGAUCUUCCAUGCUUUCACUCCUCCCAUUUUACUCCAUGGAAGUGAUGUCAUCUACGAUAUCAUCUCCAUCUUUUGCACUUCUAACCCGGAGUUAAUAUUUGAUGGCGCGUGUUUGUUUGUUUUUUAAGAGGAAGAAUAUAAAAAUUAGCGACAUAGAAAACAGGUAUCGCGAGGACGAUGUCUAGCUACCUUUACUUGGUAUUAUGUUGAGAAACAUCGAGAAAAUGUUAGAUAUUGUCCACGUCACGGGUAGCUAAUUGAUGUAUCAUUUUAGAAUCAAACCCUAUAGCACAAGUAAACUACAAUGGAAUUGUGGGUUUUCGUCUUCUAUAAAAUGUAUUAAUUACUUCCUCGCGUAUAAAAUUAUUGUUUAGUUCAGGGGUUCCCAAUCUUUUUCAUCCCGCGGCGCAGUUACAAAUGUAGUAUUUUGUCACUUCGUCCGACCUAGCUAUUUGGUAAAGAUAAUCGAAAGAAAUAAAUACAAUACCAACAACAAUAAAAGUUAGGUUAGAUAGAUAAGAACAAUAAACAUUAACAAUACGAUGGGAGCGUUCAAAAAAGGUACCCGCGAAUAUUUGUGGUUUCAGAUAAUAAUAAUAGAAAUAGAGGAUCGACUCACGGCGCCCCUCUUUACUUUUUACGGCGCAUCAGGAUGCAGACGUUCAUACUUUGGGAACCCUGGGUUUAGUUACUAAGAUAAAUUUUUAUUAAACUAUAAAUAUAAGCAAAUGCUGUACGCAUUCACCUACUGUUGGUUACGUUUUUAUCUGAUUUUUAUUUUUAUUUUGUUUUAUAAUUUUAACAAUAACAAUUAUAGAAAGAUUGUUAAGUUUAUAACAUGUUGCUCUAUCUACAGUGAAACAAAGAAGGCUAUUUUUAUGCUGCAAAACCUACUAAUAUAAGUUAAACUUAGAAUCGCUUAGUGUAUUAGUAUUUAACAUUACAUAAAUCAUGCAGAGUACUUACCCCCUAAUCAUUUUGUCAUUUAAUGACUUUGUUAUUUAGUUCAUAAAAUUGUUCAAUCCUGUUUCCUUCACCGUCACCUUAUCAAGUUCAUUAGAGAUGUAUGAUAAGUGGUAACACAAAGAUAACACAUUUAUAUUUUCUAUCAGGAUAUCAAUAAAACAUACUCUAUGACUGUUGUUAAUGUAACAAGUGCCAAAAGUGGCUUCUAAAUGUAUUUAAAGUAUUUGAAGGCAAGUGAGACUCCGUGAGAAUGAUAUUAUAACUAAUGUGUUCAAAAUUCAGUGUAUCACGCUGAAUGGGAAGUAAUUUUGGACAAUAUGACGCGAGCUACGUAGAAAAUUUCAUAUGAUUUAGAUGGAAAAAGGUUACAUACAUAUUUGUACUAGAUGAAUAGAUGUUGAGAAAUUGGAUCUACCGUAAAACACUUGUGAGUAGUAAUAGAUUGUUAUUGGCAGAAUCGAAACCUAAUAAAGCUGACGACUGACCUGCAUUGUUAAACAUAUUUACAAGGCAUAUUUAGUAUACAAUAUUGUCAAUUUCUUAAUUAUUUCGUUAAAAAACAAUACUGUUAACUAAAUAUGCUAAAAAAGUGUGAUGUACGUUGUUACAAUUUGAAUGUUCAUGUAGUAACAAUAUGAUAAAAUAGGUCAGUUAGCUAGCUUAAUAUAUUUUUAUAAUCAAAUCUCUUUUUAUAUAAAAUCAAUGUUUUACUCAUUUGAUAACCACGACAUAGUAAAUUGUAAUUUAUGGUGUAUCUAUUUUAAUCUGAGUUCUAAAUCUUGGUACAUAUUCAGUUCAGACAUUAACUUGGAACCUCUAUUUAAGUUAAAAAUCUCAAUUGUAUAUAUUUUUCCUUUCAAUCCAUCUACCUCAAGGCAGAAGAGUCCUAACCUGUUACAAGCAUUAGACAUUAAAUAAAAGCAUCAAAAUACAUACAAUAUAAAUACAAAAACAAUAAUUGUCAUCCACUUGGACAAAUCCUUAUCAUUAAUAAACUUACUAACAUACUAUCUCUAUAUAAAAUUUUAUCAAAUGUUUGAAUGUAAUAUCAUAAGAAUAAUAAAUAUUGGAUAGAAGUGGCACUCCCGCGAAUUCAAAAUGUAAUCAGUGAGGGUAUCUGCUGGGCUUAACGUCCCUAUGUAAUCAGGGCUGGCUACUCAGUAAUACAAUCCUAGGUUGCUAAUCGGGACGUCACAAUAGCAGGUCACGCAUCUUUAUCAUUUGUAGAUAUGCUGCAAUAUCACCCUGUAAUUUUUUUAUAAAGAAUGCUUAGCAAAUUAUUUUAGUAUUGUAACUUACAAUUAGAAAAGUACAGGUUUAUACUGUGUUUAAUUUUAAAUCAUAUUAAUAUUUGUAAUAUUAAUUACAUACCCCUAUUCAGAAUUCGGCAUCUGACAGGAAGAAUUGAUUUUAGCAGCAAAAUCUCUCACAAAAAUAGUCAAAUCAGUGUCACUGCUUCCUAGAUAUUUUAUUCUUAUGGUAAUGUGCAAGUGGAUAGAACUAAGUAAUUGUCUGAAUUCAGGGUAAUUAUUGGAUGCACUAACUUUUUAAGAUAUUACUAGUGAUAUUAAAGUCUUCUUCACGACAUCGUUAAUCAGAAUAUAAGAGCUUGGAGUGCACUCUCCGUCCUUAAUUUGCUCGGUUAAGAAGAUAUUGCUGUAAAAAAAAAUAUUUUUGAUCUUCUAGUCCUGUAUUUUUAAUAUAGAUUUUAGGAUAUUGGGUGAUUUUAGGAAUAAGUGAUUUAUGAAGUAUUAAGUUUGUUAUGAAAUCAUUUUCGUUGUAUGUAUCACAAAUACCUAACGACGUUAAGUUUCCCCACCUAAUUUAUUGGUAUCGAGUCUAUUCUUUGUCUCUUGAUUUGCUGUCACUGAGUUUCUUGUUAUUUUACUAACGAGCUUAACAUUAUUAAGAAACAAUUUAUUUGUAAAGCCUUAAAGAUCUGUGAAUAACUUGUAUGUGAAAAUGAGACAACAUGACAAAAUAUAAAUUUAUAAUACAUAAUAAUAUAUUCAUAAAAGUUAUUUUAUAAUAUAUACUUUGUGUAAGAAACCCAAAAAUCUAUAUAUAUGUAAGUGUAAAGAGCUCCGUUAAAACAGAGGAUAAAAACAUUAUAUUUUUACAUUUGUGUAACGAUAUAGUCAGCAUAUCAUGUUUUGUAGAAAUAUAUAUUAUUAUUAUUAUGCAAAA